AUGAUACAACAGUCGCACAAAAAGACUGCACGCAAUUGGAGAGCCAUGGCAAGAGGGUUCACACUCGUAAUUACUCUGCACAUGGUCAAGAGAGAGAAAAUAAAGGAGGUAUACGAUGAGCUCCCCUCCGGGCACCAAGGCACGGCUGGGGACGCUCCUUCCAGCAGGAGCAAGGCCGUUACCGGCCCACCGGAAAAGAUGCCCCUUAUCAGCAGCUUCAAACAGCGGGAUGCAUCUCAAACCCCGGUCAAGAAAAUGAUCAGGUUCAACUUCCAAAACCUGAACACUUUCGUCAAAAUUCGUGAGCUGUACUGUGCCUACGACUACUGCAAGUAUGGCUUCCCUCUCUCCAGCAUUCGUCCUGAGCUGGACAGGCGAAAGGAGAGAACAGUGAAGCCACAGAAAGGGCCAGCAAAGGACGCGGUAAAGAAACACAACACACGACACCAGCAAACAGUUGGAGCAGCUCGCUGUGCACAAAUGAAUACCACUACUGAAGGGAAGUCUCCUAAAGGUAUCCUGAAGAAAGAAAAGAUGCCACGGUCCACCUGUCCAAGACACGUGCCCUUCAACCUUGGUAACCUCCGCGCCCCCGUCAAGGAACGUGAGGUGUACCGUGGCCACGACACCUUCAGAUACGCCGCGCCGCUCCAAGUCACUCAGCCUCCCAACUUUACCUCGAGGCCUCACCAGCAGCCCGUUAGAUCCGCCUCUAACUCGCUGCGUGGCGCACCUCGGCACCUCGAGAGGCCGACACAGCGGAGGAACGACUCCUUCCAGCAAAACAGUGGCUGGUAUGCUGCACACAACUACACCAACAGCCGCCACUCACAGCAACGCCAGCACAACGCCAGCAGCCACGUCCCGCCAAGAUACGAAACAAGGCAUUUCUACGAGGGACAGACACAUCGGGGCACCAACUCCCGCAGCAGAGGUCGUGCCAAGAGAGGCGCAAAGCCGAGUGGUGGCGAGUUUCUGUGAGCACCGGGCGAGUACACAGCGUCGUGAUCAAA